GGCAUAUUCUGUUCAGCAUAAUUUCAGUUCAGUUCAGCUCCAAUUAGUUCGGUUCAAUUCAAUUCAGUUCCUAAUUUCCUUUUCUCAUAAUCAAUUCAUUUCAGGUAUAUUCAAUUCAUUUCAAUCAGUUCAGUUGUUUUCAGUAAAUAGGAAUAGAUCCUAUCAUCCGCACAACACAACGAAAUAACUGUUGGUUACUCGUAAUCUCGAAUUACGCAAACAACAAUUAAUGUUCUCUUGCUUGCUUUAUUCAUUCUCAACGUUACUCACUUCUCACAAGUCAGUAGUCACUGCUACUGCUCACCACUCCCCCUGUUCUUCUUCCUCGACCUCUCUCUUCCCUUCAAACUUUUCCGCCUUUCGAAUAUAUUCUCCCGCAAUUUCGCAAACAAUUCAUCUUUUUCUUUUAAUCAUCUCUUCAACUUCCAAAUCCAACUGCAACUUCAAUUAUAUUCCAACAAAUUCCAGAAAAAAACAAAAAAAUUCUCACAAAAAUGGGUAGUGGAAAGCAUCGAUGGAAAAUCUCAAUCUACAGAUCAACAUCAACACCAACCAAACCCGAAACCCGACCCGAUAUACCCCCAACUGAGUUCAUCUGCCCGAUUUCCGGGUCACUCAUGGCUGACCCGGUUAUCGUCUCAACGGGUCAAACAUUUGAGCGAGCUUGUGUUACAGCCUGCAAAAAUCUAGGGUUUACUCCCACUCUAAAUGACGGUUCUACCCCUGAUUUCUCCAUGGUUAUCCCCAAUUUAGCUCUGAAAACCUCCAUUUUCAACUGGGCUAAGCUUUCUCUUUCCUCCCCACCAACACCCCUCGAACUCGCCGAUGCUCUGAAGCUUCUAGAAUCGUUAAUGGCGGAAACGAAGGAAAAUGGUGAGAUUUCGGGUGAGUUGUUACGGAGAGUUGAUGACCCGGGUUCGAAUCUUCUGGAACACUCUGAGAGUGAGUUAACUCGGAGGCAAACUCGGUUCGACUCGGGUGAAUCGCUUUCUGGGUCUUUUAGAAGGACGCCGUUCGUUCUCGCGACUCGGCCCAGUUGCUACUCUUCUUGCUCAUCGAGCUCUGAGUUCGAGUUGUCGGAGUCGGGUUCGUGCGUUGAUGAGGGAUACGUAUCGAAGCUUAGGAGUCAGCACGUAUAUGAGCAAGAGGAAGGUUUGGUUGCCUUAAGGAAGACUACUAGAAGUAGUGUGGUGUCUCUUGUUAGUCUGUGUACCCCGCGGCUUCUGUCUGCUCUUCGGUCUUUAAUCACGUCCAAGUAUACUGACAUUCAGGUGAACUCGGUAGCAAUAUUGGUCAAUCUGUCUCUAGAAAAGGUUAACAAAGUAAAGAUUGUAAGAGCAGGAUUUGUGCCCCCUCUGAUUGAUGUGUUGAGGGGCAGAUCCCCCGAGGCACAAGAACAUGCUUGUGGUGCUCUCUUUAGCUUAGCCCUUGAUGAUGGGAAUAAAACUGCAAUAGGAGUUCUUGGUGCAUUACAGCCAUUGGUUCAUAUGUUGAUGAGAUCAGAGAGUGAACGAGCCAGGCAUGAUGCGGCUUUGGCUUUGUACCAUCUCUCAUUGGUCCAGAGCAACCGAUUAAAACUGGUCAAAUUUGGGUCAGUCCAACUACUACUUGGCAUGGUAAAGUCGGGUCAAAUGCCAGGGCGUGCCUUAAUAAUUUUAUGCAACUUGGGGGCUUGUAAUGAGGGGAGGGCUGCUAUGCUAGAUGCUGGUGCAGUUGAGUUCUUGAUAGAGUUGCUAAGGAAGGGUGAAUUUGACUCAGAGUCAACUCAGGAGAGUUGUGUUGCUGCACUUUAUGCUUUGGGUCAUGGAGGGGCUUUGAGAUUCCGAGGAUUGGCUAAGGUGGCUGGGGCAAUGGACGUGCUUAAGGUCGUUAUUGAAAAGAAUAAUCGGGAACGGGCAAAGGAAAAGGCAAGACGGAUUAUUGAGCUGUUAAAAGCGAAGGAGGAAGAGGAAGAAGAAGUCGACUGGGAGAAAGUGCUGGAGACAGGGUUCCAAAGUCGAGCCAUUACUCGACCAGGAGGCCAAUCAUGCAGGAAUUCUACCGAGUUUUGACUGCUUUCUUGUGCUGGUUGUGUUUAUAUUUUUUGGGGUGCUUUUAAAUCCUGCUGGGUGUUUGGCUAUCUUGAUAUUAUCUAACUCUAAGGUGUAAAUAAUGGUUUAAGUUAAAAUCAGUACAGAAAUGGAGUUCAGAUGAUGGUUUCACGAAUCACGAGGCCUGUUUAUGUAAAUUAAUUGGUCGUUAAUGACCCUUUUUUUGAUUCUUUCCUAAGCUUUCUAAAGGUUUCUGAACUCCAGAAAUUGCAACUUUGAAUGGGCUGUCAACUUUUUAGUUUGUAAUACAACUCAAUUAGUAGGGAAACAGGUAUUUGCUGUGAGACGUGAGCAAAAACUAAUUGCUUACAAUUAUUUCAAUCUGCUUUUUUUC